AUGGAACAUUGCCUGCAGCGACGCAACGAUAGAAACGCGGCGAAUAGUUGGCUCCGUCCCGGCGAUGUAAUCGCUUACGUCUGGAAAUCAUUUAUUCUGGAAUACUUUGCGUUGAGCGAAUCUGACCGGACACUGUUGGAAAUAUCAACAGGGGUUGCACAACCUGAUGAACGUGGAAUGCAGUUGUUGGGAUCACAACAUUUUGGCGACGAGGAAUUUUUUCAAGAAUUCAACGCUUUGGAAGAGCUGCAGUUCUCAAGAUGCCUGAAUGCCUCCGAUGCCAGCAAGCGGUACCAGUGCUUCCAGCUAACGAAGCACGACGCGGACGACUUUCUAACGUACGCUGGGACGGUCAACCGAUGCUGUGAAGACUUCGAGCUCAGCAAGAUCACGGCGGACCAAUUCAAGAGCCUGAUUUUCACCUGUGGCCUCCGGUCGUCGAAGGACGCAGACAUCCGAACGAGACUCCUAUCCAAGCUUGAGGCUAACGCGGCGGAUGAAUGCACUCUGGAAUCACUCAUCACGGAGUGCCAACGUCUGCAAAACCUCAAGCACGACACGGCCAUGGUGGAACACAAGAAAUCGGUGAGUACAAUCUGCGCAGUCAAGCAGAACAAGCCUCCACCGAUGACACCGAGUUCCAAAGAGAAGAAGAAGAUGAAGUCCGAAGGUCCAAAAACACCCUGCUGGCAGUGUGGCGGAAUGCACUACGUCCGGGACUGCACCUACACGAAGCACGUUUGUCGGGAAUGCAAGCAAACCGGCCACAAAGAAGGGUAUUGUGGCAGCUACACAUCGAAGGCGGCACUCAAGAAGAAGAAGCACGUGAACGGAAUUUUCUCCAUCAACCAGGUCAGCUGCACUUCUAGACGGAAGUUCCUAACGGUGGAUAUCAACGGGUCUCAAGUCACUCUGCAGUUGGACACCGCGUCCGACAUCACCAUCGUUUCGAAGAAGCAGUGGAAGAAGAACCUGGGCUCGCCAACGCUGACUCCCACAACACAGACUGCCCGGGCUGCGUCGGGUGACGCUUUUCAUCUACUUGGUGAACUCCGAUACCCAAUCAAACUCGGAGGUGUCAACAAAACCGCAACUUUCUACGUGACCAACAACAGCAUCAACCUGAUUCAAGCUGUGGGACACCCCGCUAUCUGCAAUCUGCAACCAGUGUUCAAGAACGGCCUCGGACACUGCAAGAUGAUGAAGGUCCGACUCUAUCUCAAGCCCGAUGCCAAACCCGUUUUCAGGCCGAAGCGCCCAGUUCCUUUCACGUUCAUGGAGAAGAUCGAUGCGGAGCUGAACCGACUUCAAUCGCUGGGCAUCAUCACGCCUGUCGAUUUCUCGCAGUGGUCGGCUCCGAUCGUCGUAGUGAAGAAGCCGCCCGGAAAAGUACGAAUCUGUGCCGAUUACUCAACUGGACUGAACGCUGCCCUGGAGCCCAACCAUUACCCGCUACCGGUUCCUGAUGACAUCUUUACCAAGCUCAAUGGGUGCCGGUAUUUCAACGUCAUCGACCUGAGUGACGCCUAUCUUCAAGUGGAAGUUGACGACGACUCGAAGCAGCUGCUCACAAUCAACACGCAUCGAGGUCUCUUCCGCUUCAACCGGCUCGCACCAGGAGUAAAAUCCGCUCCCGGGGCCUUCCAGCAGUUGAUGAACAGCAUGGUUGCCGAUCUCGAAGGAGUGGACACUUUUCUGGACGACAUCUUCGUGGCCAGCAAAACCGAAGAGGAGCACCACAAGAUGCUCAACGCACUGUUUCAACGCCUUCAAGCCUACGGUUUCGUUCUGAGGGAAGAAAAGUGCAACAUUCUGCAGUCGGAGGUAAAGUAUUUGGCGCACAUCGUAGACGAGAACGGUCUCUGUGCAGACCCAUUCAAGGUGGAAGCCAUUGUCAAGAUGUCACAACUCUACGCUCGUUCCUUGGUGCGGUGA